AUGAUUUGGAGCACUUAAUACCUGCAGGCUCUGUUCGCAAAAAGAAACUGGCAAGAAGACCUGGAUACAUGAGGCCAGAGGCUCAGCAACAGACGGAGUUUCAGCCCUUGAGUGCCUGCAAGCCACUGAAUGCAGGAGAGCUCAAACAUGGCAGGAAACAUUGUGAAGGCUUUGAAAACCAUUCUCCGUGCAGGCAAUGCAAAAAUAACUUUGAAUUUUUAUGCUGUCAUUCAUUUGCAAAUAGCGCUGUAGUCGCCUCUGAUGUGGUAGCAACAUCAGCCACUACUGGAAAUAUGCCAGGAAGCUGCAAAAAUCUUUCAGGUUACAAAAAUCCGAAGAGCGAAAUCCCAAUUACAGCAGUUCACUCUGCCACAGCCACAAAGGGAGGAAAUGUUUCUACUGCAUGCUGCUCAAAUGCACAAGAGGCAACCCAUAGUGCUAAAGCAAUCGAGCCCCAAAACAUGUGUUCUUUGGGUGAGACAGAAGUGAAUAACAACUGUGAAUAUCAAAGAAAAGAAGUUGCUUCUCUUUCCAUUGGUCUGCACGAUGGCUUUAGUUCAAGCUUCAGCUUCAUACAGCUCUCCAUGAACUCGGGCUCUGGAGUCAGCACUGCUAAAGGCGCAUUGACUGGGGAGCAUGUUCCCCAUCCCAGCACUGCGGGAGAGCUGCAGACACUAGAAGAGAGGGAGGUAGCUCAGGAGCACUCAGGAGCUUUGCGUUGCUUCUCAAGGCCCAGUGAGGAUUUGAAGUAUGAAAAUGAGACCACAGUGAAUGAUAAACUACAGGAUUGUGAAACUGUCUCUCUCUCAGAUACAGAUGCAACAUUUUCAUGUUCUACAGACUCCUCAGAUGCAGCAUCUGCUGUUUCUUCGGUCACCUCAGGCUAUGAAAGUAGCUUUACUGCCAGUGACCAUAACUGGGAUACUUGGAUGAAAAAAUAUGAACCAGUACUACUGGACUGCCUGCUUGCCAAUCGCACGACAUUAAAGGUUUGUAAUCUUACUACUUUGGGAUUUUUUUUUAUUCCUCUCCCUCUCCCCUCUGCUCUGUUUCCCCCAAAGCUUCCUGUUUAUAGUGUGGGUAUCAAUGUCAAAGCUGGUGCAGGG